AUGGCUCGCAAGACGAUCGACCAAUUGCCACUUGGCAAAUCGCUGCCCCAGUUCCUCAAACCCGACCCUCUCACGCCUUCCGUCGAGGCAGUGCUCUCGCUGCAUCAGUAUGACGAGUCUAGUCAAGCGCAACCGCCUUCCAUGCUCAGGCGAUCACGUCAGAUCACAAAGGGCGCCCAUUUCUCAUUCGUUACGCCCUUGCCCAUUGUAUUUCCGUACAACGUUCAGGAUGAGCCCGAAGAAGCCAGCACAGACGAUUCAUCUGUGCAGGUCGAUGGGUCUGCUACUGUUGGGGCUAGCGCGAGCAACGUAGCGUCGCCGCCCGUAGCAAAGGGCAAGCAGAAAGAGCUUACCGUCGAGGAUUGGCUGGCAAGGCUCGAGCCAGACUUUUCGAACCCCGUCGCUGGCGACGCUAGCCAGCUAGCUGUAUAUUCGUCUCGAGCUCGCAACAAAGACAUAGGUCGUACAGAGCUUCUUGGGCUCUCCCAAACGUGCCGCGACGAUAUCUUGCCAGAGCUUGACAUUGAGAGCUCGGAGUCCAGACAAAUGCUUGCCGACGUUCUGGGUGCCAAGACAGUCCUUGCCAAGCCCGACGCAUUUGCGCCUCACUCGCUAUGUUAUGCAGGCUACCAAUUCGGUAGCAACGCCGGCCAGCUGGGCGAUGGGCGCGCCAUCAGCAUACUUACAUCGCAAGCCUCCACUCAGUCACAAACGCGGCAACACGGCUUCUACUACCCGCCCUUAGCAGAGCUGCAGCUCAAAGGAGCCGGCAGAACGCCCUACUCUCGCUUUGCAGACGGUCUGGCCGUCUUACGGAGCAGCGUGCGAGAGUACCUGGGUAGUGAAGCAAUGGCUGCACUCGGUGUACCCACUUCUCGCGCACUAUCGCUCGUACACCUGCCCGAUGUUCACGUCGAGCGAGAGAAGGUCGAAACAGCUGCUGUUGUUUGUCGAGUCGCGCCGAGCUGGCUACGCGUGGGCAGCUUUCAUGCGAUGUUCCAGCGACAGGAAUGGGAUAGCUUGCUCCAGCUUGCCGAGUAUGCCGGCACAGAGGUGCUCGGCUUCGGCAAGCCAGACGGUCCUCCCAGUGCCGGCCAGGUCAUCAGAGCCGAAGAUGGCAGAGAACUGAGAGAAGGACUAGCAACACGUAUCUUGCGAGAUGUCAGCAAGCGCACGGCUUAUCUGACGGCCAAGUGGCAAGCUGUGGGCUUUAUGCACGGCGUGCUCAACACCGACAACAUCUCGCUGCUGGGACUAACGAUCGACUACGGUCCUUACGCGUUCAUGGACAAGUUCGAUGCAAGUACGAUCUGCAACCAUAGUGAUGACGGAGGUCGAUACAGCUACAAGAACCAGCCGAGCAUUGGCGUGUACAACAUCCGCAAGCUCGGCGAAGGCUUGAGCGUUCUCAUAGGGUACGAGAGCGAGCAUGGCGCUGCCAAGCCAGGAUGGGCAGAACACGUACCGAUCAAGCAGCUUCAAGCAUGGGUCGAAAAGUCUGAGCCUAUCAUCGACGACGUAGCGCAAGAGUUCACGCUCGUCUUCAUGCGCGAAUAUAAGCUCCAGAUGGUCAAACGAUUGGGAUUGCUGAGCUUGCAGGAGGAUGACUUUGCUGGCCUCAUCACACCUCUACUCGAUAUGAUGGAAGCACACGAGCUUGACUAUGCCAUCACACUUCGAAUGCUAUGUCAAUUCGAAUCGGUCGACUCGCCACGCUUCGAUACAUAUCUCAACAAGCUAGUUCCCAAAUCGAUCGUGCCUACAUACCUACGCGAUAACGCUCAUUCUCAGUGGCGAACAUGGUUAGGCAAGUGGCAAGAACGUCUCGAGCAAGACGAAGCGAGUCAUUCCAGCUUGCCCAGCCGCACCGAACGAAUGAGACUGGUCAACCCACGCUUCGUGUUGCGGCAGUGGAUCCUUGAAGAAACCAUCAAGCGACUUGAGCAAGAUAAAGACACUGCAUUCCUCGAACGUGUGCUGGCCAUGUCCGUCUCGCCCUUUGAUGCCUACGGCGAGGAAGACCUGACCGCACAAGCUUGUGCACCGGAGACGGAUGAUCUCAAAGAGCAAAGAAGGCUGUGUAGCCAAGGACCGAAAGAGCUACUCGGAUUUCAAUGCUCAUGCAGUUCGUAA